AAUCACCGAGGCCAGAACUGCACAUGAACUAGCGCGUGCUGAUCGGCUGCAUAUUAUUGUUGUCCCGUAGAAGCAGGGUGUUCAGACUACUAUCGGGUUGUUGUAGAGACGAACGUUCUUUAGCCGGGUGCUAGUUUUCCACAUCACGGAGAGAAAUAGCUCUUACUAGUCUUAGCGUUGAGGACUGCUAAGUAUUAGUUUCUUACUCUUUCGUAUCCUCUUGUUCACCACUCUCUGUGGUUGCGCGCUGUUUGAACUACUGACACUGUGCUCUCGUAACUGCUGCCACUGAAGCCGAAGUCGAGAAGGCGAGCUGUGACACGACCUGCGAGUGUACUAGUACUACUACAACAGUGUGGUAGUACUGGCAACUACAGCUCCCUGCCCCCUAGCCCAGCACUGCAGUGACCAACUACUGUCUUCGUCUUGAUCGGAGUGGAAGCGAGGAUAUCGAAAGGCCUGCCAGCUGAGCGCAUCGGAUAUUCUUGCCUUCCUUUUGCACGGAUUUCGGAGCCAAGUAAUAGUUCGCAGUCCCAAGCUCGUGCUGGAUACAGCCAGUGGCAGUGGGCAGAUAAGUCUAGCCUUAGCGCGCUGCAGUACGCAUUGACGGACCAGCUACUGGACAGCGGAUUACGGAGCGAAGCGAAGAGCUUGCGCCCUCCAAGGCAAGAACUGUAUAGACUGUGCAUUAGCGUGCAGCCUUCAAGCAUUCUUCUGUAACCUGUGCUCAGUGAGUGCGCUGCAAACUCAACCUCGGACUCGUCUUUUCCGAAACAAGUCGGCCGGCUUUGGAGUUAGAAGUCUCCUGUUGUUGUUGUCUCCUCACCGGAGUACUACUGUGUCUGCUGCUGCACACGUCACCAGUGUAUACGACGUAAACAUGGACGGGCGGACCGUGUCCCUUUCGACAGACGAUACUCUGUACGAGCAACGGCGCUCGAUCAGCGAUGAACCGACGGAGUCCGACCAAGGCAGUCCCACCCCGGUGAUACAUGUGAACUUGGAUGACGGUGGUGGAGACUACUCAGGUCAAGUCGACACUGGCGACUAUCACCAGGUCCAUCAACGCCAUAUUCACCUUCACCACCACCCUAAUGACAAUGAGGACUACGCAGUCGAAGACGAGCAAAACGAAGAAGAGAUUGUCGAGGACGGCGAGGAAGGUACCAUGGAAGUUUCCGGACCGAAAGCGCAGCGGCUCGAUUUCUGGCAGAGUCAGAUACGCCAAAAUGUACGCGGCUCUUACUACACUAUUGGUCAGGCCUUGUAUCGAGUUCUGCACACUGAACGCUUGCUGAAAACAGCCAACUUCAUCAAGUGGGCCCAUACCAGCUUUGGUUUGACACGUAGCACGGCUUAUGAAUAUAUCCGCGCCUACAGAAUUGUGCAGUUGUUGCAGACACAAGACGCAGAGCUGCCCGUACCUUCAACUCUUUCGCACUUCCGUGUGUUCAACAAGACAAAGCUGAAGGAUGGUGGAAUUGAGGUGACCCGACUCUGGCGCACGAUUUUGCAUGAACUGCCACCGGACAGUCAUCAAAAGCCACGCACAGCCAAGGAGGUCCUGUCCAAAGGUAAAGAAAUCAUGGAACGAGAGAAGCUUGGGGAGCACGCUCAGCGAAUGAACGGUCUUCUACCAGGCAGAUCGCCAAUAAGCAAUGGACGUCGCGGCGGCCACCGCUCCUCAUCCAGUUCAGCAAGCAGCUGCUCACUAACUCCGGUCAGCAGCGUCGCCAUGCCAUCAUACUCGACGGACACCUCGUCUGCAAGCAGCUGGGCCGGCCAUAGUUCCAAUGAACCAAGGGCAAAAAUGUCGUCCGUGUCGUCAAGAUUGGAAGAUAUGAGUGUGGUCUCUCCAGCCCUCUACAGCCCCAGUGGACAAGCCAAUGGUAGAAUUACAGAUGCUUUUCCUUUGAACCCUCACACACAGGUAGCUCACCAUGAACCAGCUAGACCAGUGCAUGUCUCAACGUCCAGCCGCUGGCAGCACGCCACCAGAAGUAGUUACCGCAGUGGUGACCACCAGCAGCCGCAGCAGCGUGAUUAUCCAACUCUGCGGCCCGCCCCGGCACGCCGCGGGCAGCGCGAGCGCACAGCUGGAAGCCGCGUCAGUGUGGAGUCGGAUGAUAUGGAUGAGCCGCCAGCGCUAAUUCCAUUGGCCACCAACCAUGUGAUUCGAAUCCCACUCCUGAUCUCAAUGGCACAGCGGGUGGUAGCCGGUGGGUGUUUCACGCUCAGCAUUACUCCUAUCGAGGCGAGCAGCAAGGAGGAGACACAGGCGGCACUUCGCGGCGGGACAAGCAGACUGCCAACUGCACAGCUAAAUGAUGUUUGGCAUGGACGGAUUUGGGGAAACUUCACUGGUGCAAAGACGUCUGAAGGCACCGCUAUCUCAGUCACCAGAUGGAUCAACAUGGCUGUGGAGAAGUUUGACAGCGGAGAAUUUGAUGAGGCCGUCCUUCUGACCAACACUGAGUUCAACAGGGAUUGGUUUCAGAAGUUGAUGCAGUAUCCGCAUUGCUUCCUGCACAAGUGCAUUGCUCCAGUCAGGCACAGCAACAGAAGCAACAAGGAUAGCAGCACUGGUGCACCUGCAGCAACCACACCAAGCUCGGUGCUGUUUUAUCUUGGCCCGAAUGGCCAGCGCUUCAUCGAGGAGUUCCGUACCAGUGGGACGAUCCCCGGUGUGAACACCUGGUGCAACUACACAGGUGAGGAGAGCGCGCCAUAACCGCCUCCAUGUCUCACAAUUCGCCAUGUGUAUACAGGUGCGCUAAACAAUCAUUGUCCGCGUGUGUGCAGUGUGCCUCAGUAAGUCAUGCCGCCAUCGGAGACCUGCAUGUUCCUUUCGGAUUUAUUCAAUACCAAGAUAUGCAUUGCAGUUACGGCUGGAUCAAGGCCAGGACCAUGGACAGUCGGUGGACAGCUUGUGUUAUGCAUGUAUGUGUGGUGGCAUGCCAGCAGCAACAGCAUGGCCAGAGAGAAGUAAGUUACCUGUGUCUUGACAUGUCUAGACUAUCGUGGUGAAGAGAUGAACCCACAUGUAUUCGUGCCUGUCAUUAGCGCAACCUCUAUCUUGAACUCUUUUUCUUCAUCUUCUUGAAGAUAUCGGUCGUAGUCUUCCUCCUUUCCCGUGCUAUGUGCAACUGGUGACACUUCCUUAUAAUCUCGCUUUGUUGAGUCAGAAAUCAAUCUAUUUCUUCAUGUGCAAGCAGAGCCGAGUGAUGCGUGAUACAUUUUUGAUCAUUGGUAGCUUUUUAUUCAUCAUGCGUUCUUUUCCAAGAUAAGUGUUGAAAGUACACGAACAUAUGUUGAACUAUAGUGGUACUCGUAUUCUUUCUGGUAUACACGAUGCAGCAUAUACUUAUUAUGAUUGUGUGACAUGAUACAUUGCAGUGUGAUACAUGGUA